CCCAGCAUUCUUUGGUGCUUGUGAAGGAAGGCGAGCGUCAGAAACUCCAUUUCAUUUCAAGUCGACCACUUUCUGCCAAGCUGCUUGUACCUUUUACUUCGAAAUCCAGCAACAGUGCCUGUAGAAUGGUGAAAGGACAGAUGCACAGCAUGCAAUCCAUCCUCCUCAUGUGUGUGCUGACUUUAUUGACAUUGCAUACAUCAGAUGGACAGCACUUGACAGAUGAAACCUGUACUGUCCAGAUUCUUGUCCCAGGACUGAAAGGAGAACCAGGGGAGAAAGGACCAAAGGGAGCCCCGGGGAGACCGGGUAGAGUCGGCCCUCCAGGCAAAACUGGUCAACCUGGGCUUCAAGGACAGAAAGGCAUUAUGGGACGUUAUGGAAAGGUGGGCCCAAGUGGAAUGAAAGGCGUAAAGGGAGACAUGGGUGAUCCCGGACCAAGAGGCCCAGAUGGAGAGCCAGGCGUCCCGUGUGAGUGCUCGUCUAUAAGAAAGAUGAUUGGGGAAAUGGACAACAUUGUGGCCCAGCUAUCCUCUGAACUGAAGUUCAUCAAAAAUGCUGUCGCUGGCAUAAAAGAGACAGACAGUAAGGUCUAUCUGUUGGUGAAGGAGGAGAAACCAUACACCGAUGCCGAGCUCUACUGCCAGGCGAGGGGAGGGCACCUGGCCAUGCCCAAGGAUGAAGGAGCCAACUCGGCCCUCGUGGGGUACAUUACAGAGACGGGUCUGGGUAGAGUCUACAUUGGCAUUCACGACCAGGACGUGGAAGGGAUUUUCAUUUACGUGGACCGCUCUCCCAUGUCCAUUUUCAGCAAAUGGGGAAAAGGGGAGCCCACUAAUGCUUACGAUGGUGAGGACUGCGUUGAGAUGGUGGCCUCGGGCGAGUGGGCCGAUGUAGCGUGCAACCUGACAAUGUAUUUCGUGUGUGAAUUUGACAAGGACACUGUCUGAGUUCAGGUGAUAUUGGCUAAGAUGGACGAGACCAGUUCUUCUCUUCUCCAUUGUUGUGCCGCAAAAGAAUCCACAAAAAAAGCCAAGCCAAAGAAAAAGCAAAACGCAUGCACAUAAUGAAGCCUUUGUUGUUCACUGAACUUAGCUCGUGGGACGCAAGCUGCGGUUUGAUGUGACGCCAUGUGUUAAACCGGUUCCUCUUUAGAAAAAAACGUAUCAAAUAAAAAUGCAAAAAAGGCAAAGAAAAAGCGAAACAUGGCCUUCAUUGGGUCCUUUGGCGCUCGCUGAACUGAGGCCAUGCAUGACUGAGCAAUUGGAUAUGUUGAAUAUUGGUUAUUGUUAUGUGUUUAUGAAGGAUUUACAAAACAUUCAUGAUAGCGUGAUUGGUUUGUUUACAAUAAUGAACAAUUUCUUUAUGUACUGUAAAUAUAUUAUCAUUUAAUGGUACCCUAAUUGAAAAGUGGUACCACAUUUUCUAUACAAUCCAUUCCCUUUUUUAAACUACAAAGUAUUUAUGUCUAUCCUUGUCUUUCUAUUGUUUAUGCAAACUUAUAUACGGGCACACAUAAUCAUGUGACCCAGACUGUCCAAUCAGCAGUCAGGCUAUGAAAAUUAGAGCAUAUAGUGUGUAGAAAAUACUUCAAAUAAUCACUUAUUUGAAAACUUUCCAGAAAAUCAAUUGAAAAUGUCCUUGUAA